AUGAAUACCCUACGUUCAUUUCGAAGAUUUCUAGGCUCUAGUUCUGAAGAAUCCGAUGGAAAUUCAAAUAUAACAUUAAUGCUUAGACAGGAAUCAGAGUCCCUGUCGCAAACGUCUUUGACGACUUCAGAAGAGUCGAAUCCUCAGUGCUUUGACAAUCUAAUUAAAGCUCAAGUACUUUCUUCUGAAGCUUCCAGAGGUUUACUGUCGUUAAAUGAUAAUGUUAAGCUAGAAAUCCUGAAUAGUCUGAAUGAAAAAAACAAAAAGAAACAGAGUCGGAUGUUGUCGUGGAAAAAGAAGAAAACGUCGUACAGCGAACCAAUUGAUUUUAUUUCCUAUAUCGUCAAUACUUCAAUCGAUUAUAUGGAUGAGACUAUAAUACAUAAACUGGCCCUUUUACUUCGAAAAGAGCAGAUCUUAUGGGUAACGUGUUUUAUCCACUAUGGGGGAUUCGGUGUAAUAUUCUGUAUGGUAGAGAAGAUUUCAAGGAUUGAGUGGAGAGAAAAUUUACAUGAUAUGCUUUUGGAUCGAUUUCUUCUCUGUCUCAAAGCCAUGUGCACAGUCCAGUUAGGGUUGGAAUGCUUAAUACGAUCCUUCUAUCACGUCCAGCAACUCGUUCAACUUUUGUUUUCAAAGAAGCAGCCUUCUGACUUUGUUACUCGAGAAGUCAUCAUUCAAAUAAUUAUCUUAUACCUAAAAGCACAUACUAAUAGAGAAGUCGGUGCUAAAACAGUGUUUUCGUUUCUUGAGGAUUCUGAAGAAGAAACUGAAGAAGUCGAUUUUAUAAAGGAGGCCCGCGUAAAGCGGCCAUAUAGAAAAUGGAUAAUUGAAUUAGAAUAUGUUGCAAAAAACGUGUUUUGGGUAUGGAAUCAUGAUCGGAAUAUCAUUGACUUGGAGCCUGAUCUAGAAGAACUUUAUGAUCCUCCGCUUGGAUUUAUUGAAGGCAUUGAGACAGAAGCAACAAGCUACAUCGCCUCACACAUUGAAUUAUCUAAUGAGCUAUUGGUCUCAUUAGAUAUAAAAGAUCGAAUGCAAAAGCGUCUUGAAUUACAAUUUAGUGGAUUAGAGAGAAUUAUGGCAUUGAGAUUUCGAAAAAGCAGUCAAAAAUUCCAUAAAAAACUUCAUGGUUCUUUACGUGAAUGGGUGAAAGCUGCCCGAGCCGAUAAAUGGCCUUACAAAUUCGUCCAAAUGGGUUCUACCUAA